AGGGCUCGGGUUCUGCCCAGAGCUCCUAGGAGCUGGCUGCAUCGGCUGCUUGGGAGGUUCUCGGGUGGCCUCCAGGCCUCGUCCUUCUGCAGUGGCCGCGCCGCCGCCGCCCACUCUGGAGCUGGGCUGUGCAGCCGCGGUCCCGACCUCCGUGUUUGCUCUGCAAAAUCCCGAGUGUGCGCAGAGAGGGAGACCCCUCUCCGGCCCGGCCAGCCCGGGGCGUAAACCGAACUAAGGGAGGAUGGCAGCCUCCGGGGUGGAGAAGAGCAACAAGAAGAAAACAGAGAAGAAACUUGCUGCUCGAGAAGAAGCUAAAUUGUUGGCGGGUUUCAUGGGCGUCAUGAAUAACAUGCGGAAACAGAAAACACUGUGUGAUGUGGUCCUCAUGGUCCAGGAAAGAAAGAUACCUGCUCACCGUGUUGUCCUUGCUGCAGCCAGUCACUUUUUUAACUUAAUGUUCACAACUAACAUGCUUGAGUCAAAAUCCUUUGAAGUAGAACUCAAAGACGCUGAACCUGACAUUAUUGAACAACUUGUGGAAUUUGCUUAUACUGCUAGAAUUUCUGUGAAUAGCAACAAUGUUCAGUCUUUGUUAGAUGCAGCAAACCAGUAUCAGAUUGAACCUGUGAAGAAAAUGUGUGUUGAUUUUUUGAAAGAACAAGUUGAUGCUUCAAAUUGUCUAGGUAUAAGUGUGCUAGCAGAGUGUCUGGACUGUCCUGAGUUGAAAGCAACUGCGGAUGAUUUUAUUCAUCAGCAUUUCACUGAAGUUUACAAAACUGAUGAAUUUCUACAACUUGAUGUCAAGCGAGUGACACAUCUUCUCAACCAGGACACUCUGACUGUGAGAGCAGAGGAUCAGGUUUAUGAUGCUGCAGUCAGGUGGCUGAAAUAUGAUGAACCUAAUCGCCAGCCAUUUAUGGUUGAUAUCCUUGCUAAAGUCAGGUUUCCUCUUAUAUCAAAGAAUUUCUUAAGUAAAACGGUACAAGCUGAACCACUUAUUCAAGACAAUCCUGAAUGCCUUAAGAUGGUGAUAAGUGGGAUGAGGUACCAUCUACUGUCUCCCGAGGAUCGAGAGGAACUUGUAGAUGGCACAAGGCCUAGAAGAAAGAAGCACGACUACCGCAUAGCCCUAUUUGGAGGCUCCCAGCCACAGUCUUGCAGAUAUUUUAACCCAAAGGACUAUAGCUGGACAGACAUCCGCUGCCCCUUUGAAAAGCGAAGAGACGCAGCAUGUGUUUUUUGGGACAACGUAGUGUACAUUUUGGGUGGCUCUCAGCUUUUCCCUAUAAAACGAAUGGACUGCUAUAAUGUAGUGAAGGAUAGCUGGUAUUCCAAACUGGGCCCUCCAACACCUAGAGACAGCCUUGCUGCUUGUGCUGCAGAAGGCAAAAUUUAUACUUCUGGAGGUUCAGAAGUAGGAAACUCAGCUCUGUAUUUAUUUGAGUGCUACGAUACCAGAACUGAAAGUUGGCACACCAAGCCUAGCAUGCUAACUCAGCGCUGCAGCCACGGGAUGGUGGAAGCCAAUGGCUUGAUCUAUGUUUGUGGUGGAAGUUUAGGGAAUAACGUUUCUGGGAGAGUACUUAAUUCCUGUGAAGUUUAUGAUCCUGCCACAGAAACAUGGACUGAGCUGUGUCCAAUGAUUGAGGCCAGGAAGAAUCAUGGGCUAGUGUUUGUGAAAGACAAGAUAUUUGCUGUGGGUGGUCAGAAUGGUUUGGGUGGUCUGGACAGCGUGGAAUAUUACGAUAUCAAAUUGAAUGAAUGGAAGAUGGUCUCCCCAAUGCCAUGGAAGGGUGUAACAGUGAAGUGUGCAGCAGUUGGCUCUAUAGUUUACGUCUUGGCUGGUUUUCAAGGUGUGGGUCGAUUAGGACACAUUCUCGAAUAUAAUACUGAAACAGACAAAUGGGUCGCCAAUUCCAAAGUCCGUGCUUUUCCAGUCACAAGUUGUUUGAUUUGUGUUGUUGACACUUGUGGAGCAAAUGAAGAAACCCUUGAAACAUGAAAAAGGAGUAGACUUCAAGACUCAUUAGACCCAAAACAAUAUGGCCACCAGUGCUCUGUUCCGAGAGUUUGGGUAUGAUUGUUCCAAGAAUUUGGUUACAGAGUUUGGUUUUUGUGGUAAAGUUUCAAGUGAAGUAAGGUCCCUAUAAAAUAUUUCUUUUAUGUGGAUUUCCUUACUUAAUUCAAAGACUGUAUUUUAGCUGGCCACGUAACCAAGAAUAUAGCUAGCAGGAAAACUUGAAAAAUUAUAAACAUUCGGUGAAAAUAUGAAUUUCUUGAAUGAAUUUCACAUUUGUAACUAUGGUUUUUGGCAGAGUAGGAGAUUGGCUCAUCAGUGAAACAGCCUCAUCUUAGCUCUAGAUUCUAUUUUCAUACAUCACAGAAGUGCUAUGUGGUUAGGUCUGUUUGUUUCUGUUCAAUCAAGAACUAAGAAAUAGUAUGAAUUGUAAGUCAAAAUGGGCAACUCUGAGAGAAUGGCUUAGUCUCACAUAGUUUUGCUUGUCUUCAUUUGUUCCAUUUAGUGCCAAAUGUAUUCCAUUUUAAAAGUAAGCCAGAGUGAAUCAAGGUAUAUACAGUCUCUCACAAAACUUCACACACAGAUUUGAGGACUUACUCUGUCUAGCUCCUCAUGAAAUAUAUUCAGUCCAUUAAAUAUAUUCCAUCUUUUUGACAUGAAAUGUCAGCUUAGUACCCAUCAUUAACUUAAGUUACUCUUUUACUUGAUGGUAAAAAAGGAUUCUGCUUCUUCAGUCCUCACCAUUAAGUAAAAUCCAAUCAUAAGAAUGAUUAACUAGCAAAAGAUAAAGCUAUUUAUAACAAAUUUCUAGAUUAUUAGAAAAGCAGUGAUUGUUGUACCACAAUUAUCAGUGCUGACUUUGAAUUUCUUACGGAUCAAAAAGAUAAAUGAUUUUUUUCCUUAGAACACACCAGAGAUAUUUAACCCAGUUGUCUCUUAAAGUUUUCUAAUAAUAUGAGUUAAAUACAUGUCAUUUCCUAUUCAUUGUUUUUAUGUGGUCAAUAAAUCUUUUACAAACCCCCCUAGUCAUUUCUGUCCUCGUAAUAUUUUGCCCUUUCAUAUAUGAAUGGAAUGAGCCAUGUAAAGCUGUCACCAUCAAUGUUUUUAUCUGAUAAUAUUAAAUAUUUUUUAACUUAAAACAGA